AUGUCUUUCAAGACCGCUGCAGCUCUCGUCAGUGCUUUCGCCUCCACCGUCUUCGCCCACGGCACAGUCACUGGCAUCAAGGUUGAUGGCAUCUAUCAGCCUGGUUACAGUCUCGAUUCGUACUACGCCGCCCAGUCAGGCCAGAAGAUUCCCGAUAUCGCUGCUUGGUCCGCCGAAAACCUUGACAAUGGCUUCGUAGCCCCUGCUGCCUACGGAACCAAGGACAUUGGCUGCCACAUCAAGGCUGCUCCCGGCCACACUUCUAUGCCUGUCAAGGCUGGUGGUUCUAUCGAGUUCCAGUGGUCUCAAUGGCCCGACUCUCACAUUGGCCCUGUUCUCACAUACGUUGCCAAGUGUGAUGGAAAGUGCACCAAGGCUGACCCUGCUACGCUCAAGUGGGUCAAGAUCGAUGCCGCCGGUCUCAAAGAUGGAACUUGGGCUGCUACAGAUCUCAUCAAGAACAACAAUACAUGGACUACCACUGUCCCCCAGACCCUAGCUGCUGGAAGCUACGUCUUCCGUCACGAGAUCAUCGCUCUACAUGGCGCUGGGUCCAAGAACGGAGCUCAGAACUACCCGCAAUGCUUCAACAUCGAUAUCACGGGUAAUGGUACCGACAGCCCAGAGGGUACAUUGACCACUAAACUGUACACUGAGACUGAGCCUGGUAUUCUAUUCGACCCUUACAAGGGCGCCACCAAGUACGAGAUUCCUGGGCCUGCUAUGUACAAGGCGGGCUCUUCAAAGCCAAUCAUUCCUAUCAUUCCCUCCAACAGCACCAUGCCUGCUUUGAGUCCUAUGCCCACACCUAUUGUUACUCCUACCGGAUUCGUCACAUCGAUGACUCCUGGUCCCGCCCUGCAGGCCCGAGAGAAUACCUCCUCUAGACUUGUUACCCUGAAGGUUCGACAAGCUGCCACUACCACUACCAGUGUCGUCGUAGCUACUCUAGAUGCUGCCAAUAACAAGCGUGGAUGUGAGGCCGCUCGCCGUCACGUUCGUCAGUUUUAA